AUGGGUUACAGUUCAUUUCGUAGUCAAGAAGAAAGUUCCCGACGUUCGAGUGUGUCAUCAGCAGCAGAAUCAGAUGUUCUACGUAAUGGUUCACAAUAUGUUCAUAAUAUUAGCAAAUAUUGGUAUAAACCAAAACUUUCACGUGCAGAUGCUAUAUCCCUGUUAAAAACAAAACCACCAGGGACAUUUUUAAUACGAGAUAGUCAAGACUUUCGUGGCUCAUACGGAUUGGCUAUUAAAGUUGCCAAAUUACCUCCAUUUGUUCGGUCGGCAAAACCAGCUGACCCAAAUGCUGAACUCGUGAGACACUAUUUAAUUGAACGAACACCAACAGGCUAUGUACAAUUGAAAGGAUGCAUUAAUGAACCAGAUUUUGCUACUUUAUCAGCAUUCGUUUAUCAGCAUUCAUUAUUGCCAUUUGCUUUACCAUGCAAAGUGGCAUUACCAGAAACAGAUAUUUUUGAUGAAUAUGAACGUGGUGGUCAAGAUGUGCGAAAACCGUCACCUAAAGAACUGUUAGAUAAAGGAACUGUUAAAAAUGUUAUUGACUCCACAGAAAGUCGACAUAUUGAAUUUUUUUGUCAGGCAUCUAAAGGUGUUUCUGAAUAUCAUUCUUUAUCUUAUCGGCGUCGUGGACAUACUCAAAGUUUUGUUGUUUCAUUUAUUAAUUGUAAAAAUGAGAAAAAGUGUGCUCCAGUAAUAAGAAGAAAGAUUAAUGAUCUGGAUGGAGGAAGAGAAUUAAACCAUUCUCAAUCACCAAAAACAUUAGAACAGAUAAUGAAAUCAUACGUUAAAGUAUUAGAUGAAACAAAUUUAUUAAUGCAACAUCAGAUUGCUGAAGCACGAGAACAAACACGUUUAUUAAGUGAACUUGUUGAAUUACCAAACGAUUUAUUGAAAGCCUCCCAAAAAGCAGCAAAUGUUUUAAGAAUGGAAAUAAACGGUGUUGAUGUAAGAGGAAUAGUACCAAAAAGUGCUUAUACACAGACAGCAAGAUACUGUAUUCGACUCGCUUAUGGUGAAUCAGCGUCAUUUGAAAAUCUGGCUACUGGAGUACUUGCUCAUUUGCACAAAAUUAGUAUUUCGGUUGUCUAUUGUAUGCGUAAAGAUAUUGUUCAAUCGUUACAACAAAUGAAAUAUGAUCAGAAUAAAAGAGUAUCGAGUCCAUCACAUUCAAAACGGAAAGUAAAGUUAUAAUCACAACAAACAGAGGAUGGAGAAAGUAACUAGCGUUCAAAAUACUCAGAAUUGUUUGGAUUUUCUUGUUGUUUUUUAUAUCGGAUAAGAACCAGCGUACCAAGGCAUUAUACAUAGCCCUCAAAAUAUAAUUUUCUUUUUUUAUGGUCGUUUUGUUAACAAAACUUCGAGUGUCCUUAGAAAUCUUUACAUAGUAAACAAAAAAUAUUCUUCUUUCUUGAAACGGUAUUAUUUGAACAGACAGAGAUUCUUGUUCGAGACUUAAUCUCUUCAUAUUUGACGUCUUUUAUGAAUGUGUAGUAGACAUUACGCUUUCUAGUGUAAAUAUCGUUUUGUGAUCUUGAUUCAACAGUUUGGUAGAAUUUUUUUCACUAUCGUGAUUAUGAUACUUUGGUGCUUCCUUUUUUCUUUACUUAAUUGUGAUAGUUGUGAAAAAACUAAUUAUUUUGAAAUUAUUAACCUCCCAGGACAUUGAAAACCACCAAGUUAAUUGCCAGUUAACUGUCAGUUAACUGACAAGUAAUGGGCAGUUUACUGCCUGUUUUUAGGCCGGUCAGACCGUUUUUAGGUGGUGUUAUGAUGGUUUGGAGGGUAUGGUUUUACCACCUGAAAUAGGUGGUUUUUCAACUGCGUAAAAACUGUCAAUAAACUGUGACGUUGUGAAUCGAAUUUUCAUGAGACUCAUGUCCGUUCAAAGACGGUUUACUGGCUGUUUUUGAGCGUAUUUUUAAAAGAUCUAGAAACGGCCUGUUUACUGGCUAUAAAUAGGCGGUUUCAAAACAGUUCGAAGUAACAAUUUACGGCCUUAAGACACGCAGUUUUAGGGCCGUUUUUAGACAGUUAAUUGCCAGUAAAUGGUCAAGACACCGUGAGAAAACGGUCUACUUUCUAAUCAAUUUUUUAUCACUAGAUUCGGGUGUGGAUCAUUAUGUGGCCAUUUUUUCGAUAAUAAUGGAUAAUAAUGGAGUGUUUAACUACUUUAGAACGGUAGUUUACGUCGUAUGAAGAGUGACUUCAUGAUUACUCACUAACCUUAUAAAAACUUAUUUGAAAAAAAACAGAUCAAGACUAGAAUCAAGAAAGGAUAGCUGAUUUCCAACAAAAAAAGUGUUAUGAAUGAAAAAUUCUUUUUUCCUAACGAAAUUUAGUUCUCUCCUUCUCUUACCAGUCUUUCUGCUUGAAAGAGACUUACAUAUGAAAAGUACGACCUAAUUCUGGAUACACUGUUUUGUUUGAAUGAGAAUGAAUAUAUAUACACAUCAUCUAUAGAAAAGAAUGCUUGGCUUAUAAAAGUCUCAAUUCUUAUAAAAAAUGCAUGUAUUUGAUCGAAAGUGUUCGUUCUAAAAGCAUAUAUGUCUCUUUUUUCUAAAUAAAGCUCUAGCGUAUAAGGAUUCACCAUGUAACACAUACAAAGUUCUGUAUGCAAGAUAUAUUCGCUAGAUAUUGGCGGGA